AUGGCUGCAGCCGCUGGGGUCGUACAGGGCGGUGAGGAAGAGGAGUUCAGCUCAGACACCUCUGACGACGACACCGACGAGGAUAGCCAGGAUCACAUCACGCUGGAGCCCACCCAGCUGGUCAGGGCCCAAGGAGGGUCGCCGCCCCGCGCCCCUCCAUCUCACGCUGCCCCGUGCAGCGAGACAGCAGACCCGCCAGGGCCCUCCCACCGGGCCGCGCCUGGCGGCGCGGCGCCAGAGGCCGGGCCCUCCAGUCCGCGGGCGGCUGUCCCGCGGCCGCCCAGCGAGCCCUUGCCCCGCGCCGUGUGGGACUCCUCGCUGCGCCCGCCCCUCUUCACGCAGGAGGCGGGGGCCAGCCAACCCUGGGGCCUGGGCCUGGAGACCCAGGCGGCGGCCGGACCCAGCCAGGCGGCGGCGGAGGUCCCGCCGGGGCCCAGCCCCGUGCAGGCGGAGGCCGGGGUCCAGGUGGACCCCGCAGAGCUCCAGGCCUACCUGUCCGGGCCGGGGCACAGGGCCCGCGGCCUGGCUGCCGCGCAGCGCUUCCACGCCCCCGUCGCGCCGGGUGCGCCGGACGUGGUGACCCUGGAGCGCGGCGGCGAGCACGCCACCAGGAUCCGGCCGGGGCCGGGGCCAAGGCCGGCGCUGCCGCCCUCCAUCCUGGCGGCGCGCCGCAAGAUCGCGGAGGUGGCCGGAGACCUGGAUCCAGAGGACGCCGCUCCACCUCCAGCCAAGCGUUCGAAGAGGGAAAAGACAUCCAACACAGGCGCCGGCGAGGAGGCCAAGCGGGGCUUCAAGGGCCUGCUGUGCAGGAUGGCGGCCCGCUUCACAUGGGUCCCUCGCGACUGA